GGCUUCCCUGGGCGAGUCGUUCGAGGCGGAGAGCGCCAUCGUGCAUGCCAUGGAGCGCUUCUUCGGUGCCUCGGAGGAUACAGUCACCAUCGCCACAGGCGUUGGUGAUGACGCUGCGCGACCUCACGAUAUUCAAGGAGACUCUUAAAUCCCAGAUGGAGCAUGUGUUGCAUGACAGAAUCACCAACUUCGUGGAGAACGAUCUCAACAACCUCAAGAUGCGGGGGCGUUUCGUGCCUCUCAAGAAGGGGAUUCAAGCCCAAGUGAUGCGGGAGCGCUUCCUGUCGCUCAAGAAGGGCAUCAAGGCUGAAGUGGCUGACGAGAUGAGAGAAGACUCCACUCCCUCCGCUAUAAACACCACUCCCUGCGCCGCGUCUCAUGCUUGUAGCGGAGCAGCAGCGCUGCGUCAUAUGGCGGGGAUUCCGCCGCUCCUCCCGUUCGCAGCAGCGACUUCAGUUGCGUCGUCGUCGACGCUAGCAGGAGUCGCCGGGACAGGAUCACCCAGCGGCGUGGCGAGGAAGCAGCUGGCGGAGGAAAUGGACUCGUCGGUUUCUGCUCCUGUUGCACAUGUCACUUUUGAACAGCCUUCAGUGCAGCUGGAGGAGACACAGAGGGGAUUGGGGGAGGCUGAGAGGAGCAGGGCAGCAGAGUUUGUACAAGUGAGAGGGGACCUGCUUGCAGUGUGGGAAGAGCUGGUGACUGUAAGGGGGGAGUUGCUCACAGCAAGGGUUGAGAUGGUGACUAUUAAAGGGGAGUUAGACUCAUUGAAAGGGACGUUGUUAAAAACAAAAACGGAUUUGGCUGAACAGAAAGAGUGCUUGCAGAACAUGGAGAGGGAGAAGUUGGCUUUGGAGGAGGAGGAGAAGGAGCUGGGAAAUAAAAACAGUUCUGAUGCUGUAGCAGCUGUGCCAUCCCCAGCACCAAAGCAUAUGCUGUUUGACGUGGAAGAGGAGCUCAGGAUGCGGCAAGGGGCUUAA